AUGGCCACCACCUCCUCCGGCACCCUCUGCAAGCACCACAACGCGGCGUCCGUCGCGUCCCGCCAACGCUGCCGCGUCUGCACCGUCGUAUCCAUUGCUGCGCUCCUCCUCCUCGCGGUCGUCGCUGCCGUGCUAGCGCUCCGCCCGCGCCCGGCCGUCGCCACGCUCGAGGCGCUCCGCCUCGCCUCGAUCUCCGUCUCCCCGAUCGGCCCCUCCAUGAACGCCACCGUCGACGUCAACCUCGCCAUCGACAACCCGAGCCCCGUGGCCGCCUUCGCGCACGUCGCCGGCCACGCCGAGGUCUACUACCACGGUGCGCUCGCCGCGUACGCCGAGCUGCCCCCCGGGCGUGUCGGCGCGGGCGGCACCGAGGCCAUGACCGUCCGGUUCACCGUGCUCGCCGACCGCCUGGCCGCGCGCACGCCGCAGCUGUACGGCGACAUCAUCGGCGCUGGGGACGUGCCGCUCACGGUGCGGACGGCCAUGCCGGGCACGGCCACGGUGCUCGGCUUCCUGAGGCACCGUGUGGUCGUGAUCACGGUGUGCGACGUCGCGGUGAGCGUGCGCGCGCAGGGCGGGCAGACAUCGUCGUGCCGGUACCGCACGAAGCUCUAG